ACACCACAGCUGAUUGGCUGAUACUCUUUCGCGUUCAGACAGAUUGUUGUUCAGCUGGAGCUCGAUGAAAAAUAACAGCUUGUUAUACUGAUUGUCGCGGAUGAUUUUCCCUGGAUCAAGGCUACUUUUAAAAAGUUAAAAUGUAAUUGCACUCGCUCGACUCGUUCAUAUUUGAGGAGGAACGUGAGAAUGUGAUGUGGACUAAUUUGAAAGGAUAUUGAAGUAGCUAAUGUUAGCUGGUGUUGAAUUGCUUAUUUAAAGAGGUGGCUAGUCUGGCUCGUUGCGGUUAGCUUCAUGGCUAACUCUCAAGCGAGUUUGCUGUUUAUUAAAUGAAUAGUUAUGUCAUGUUGAUUGUAAUUAACAACUUCAACAACGCGCGUUAGCCUCUUGCUAUCCGGGUUCGCACCGUCACUAAGCUACCUCUAUCCAUUUGUCUCCAAGGUGACGGGGCUUGUGCUUCCAUUCAUCUCGUUCCGCCUAGUAUCUUUCUGCAAGACGCGUGCCACUGUUGAUCAUUCAAGAUCAACUGUGGUGCUGUCACGAAGACCAUACUGUGGAUGACUGACGUGACGGUGCUGCGUGGCUGUCGCCGCCGGGCGGCCCGAUGUUAGGAGCGGGGAACACGGCAGAGUAGGUCGGUCAGGAGAUGCCGGAGUGGGGAUGCCGCUUCUUGAACACAAUGCUGUAGUUGAGGGAAUAGAAGGGUGUACCUACCUCUCUAAAUCGGCACUUGGACACGCGAAUCAACUUUUCUGCCCAACCAGUAGUGGCACAUAUAUGGAUGGUGGGGUCGCAGUAUGCCCACCCCCUCAUCUACCACAACAAAACAGACUGGAGGGAGCAGCAGUGCUGGAGAGGGGCCCAUGUUUGCCAGCUCUUCCUCUUCUCUUAACUCAUCUUUCCGGUUUGUCCCAGCUUUUCUUCUGGGUGUGGUGGCAGCAGUAGUGUUGCAGCUGUCAUGGGGAGGCCUGUCCCUUACAUCUUUCUUCUUGAAGCUCUUCAUUUAUGUGUCAUUCGCCCUACUGUGUUUCCUGGCUGGGAGCUUUGUUCUGCUUGUCAGGAGGAGUCCGCUCAAAGUCAGCUGCUUUGACAGACACAAGAAACUUUCAGUCCAACAGCUGGAAUUCUUCAAUAAGCUCAUGACUCGAUUUGUGGCCCCAGUACAAGAAUCGAGCCAGAGUCGGAGAGUGGUGGUGUCACACAAUUUGGACAAAGCACUAAAAGAAGUGUUGGACUAUGCCUACAGAGACUACAUCCUGUCCUGGUACAUUCCUUUGAGUCGUGAUGAGGGCCAGUUGUACUCCAUGCUGUCAGAGGAUUGGUGGCAAAUGAUCGGCCAGUUGAGAUGUCGACUGGCUGAUAUAGAUCUUGUGAACGUGGUGUGUUAUGACACCGUCCAAAUUUUACAUGCACACUUCACUGGUCUCAAGGCUGCAUCUUCAAGACCGGAUGAAGGAGCUCGGCCAUUCCCUCUCCAUCCAUGUUUGGUUAGUCCGGAGUCAGAGCUGACCUUCCUCCGCUGUGUUGCCAGAAUACUGCUGCUAUGUCUGCUGCCGCAAAAGGACGCAAAGUCUCACACACUACGCUGCUGCCUCACAGAAGUCAUCACUACUAAAGUGUUGAAGCCUUUGGUGGAAGUUCUUAGUGACCCCGACUCCAUAAACAGGAUGCUGCUAUCUCAAAUGGAGCAGCGGGAGCAGCAGGCGGAGCAGCAGAAGAAAGCUUACACCUAUGCUGCCUCUUAUGAAGACUUCAUUAAACUGAUAUCAACUUCCACAGAUGUCAUUUUCCUCAAGCAACUCAGGUAUCAGAUAGUGGUAGAAAUUAUUCAUGCUACCACCAUCAGCAGCCUGCCUCAGCUCAAGAAACAGAAAGAGCGUAAAGGCAAAGAAUCAGCAGCCAUGAAGGCAGACUUGCUUAGAGCCAGAGAUAUGAAACGAUACAUCAAUCAGCUGACUGUUGCUAAGAAACAAUGUGAGAAACGAAUCCGUCUACUUGGUGGACCAAACUAUGAGAACAAUGAAGAUGGAGGAACUGAUGACAGCGAUGAGCCUCUAAGCCAGAGAAUUCUCCUCUUCGAUGACAUCAUGUACAAUCCAGGUUACAGGGAACAUUUUCGAGAUUACAUGGAGAGAGUUGACAAAAGAGCUCUGAUAAGCUUCUGGGAAUUGGUGGAAUCAUUGAAAACUGCCAACAAGAAUGAGGUGCCCCAAAUUGUCGGGGAAAUCUACCAAAAGUUCUUUGUAGAAAGCAGAGAGAUUCCAGUGGAGAAGUUUUUGUUGAAAGAGAUCCAACAAAGUUUAGUGGGAAACAGAGGAACGCAAGUCUUUGUGAGACUUCAGGAACAGGUGGCUGAGACGAUGAGGGAACGUUACUACCCUUCCUUCCUGGUUUCGGAUCUUUAUGAAAGGCUCAUCAAAUGCGAUGAGCAGCACAGCCAAUCACGGUGUAGCACUGAGGAGAAGGAAGAAGGGUGUCAGGGUCUUGAUACUGGAGAGGAGGUGUGUGAUGAGGGUAGUAAAAGAAUCAAUGAACAGGCCAGCUAUGCUGCCACUAAACUUUCCCAGUUGUAUGACAAAUUGGAGUACAAGAGACAAGCCCUGGGCUCUAUUCAGAAUGCACCAAAACCAGAUAAAAGGAUUGUGAGCAAACUAAAGGAAGAAAUAGGAGCCAUGGAAAAAGAACACAGUGAACUCCAGCAGCAUAUCACCAGGACGGAUUGGUGGUGUGAAAACCUGGGUCACUGGAGGGCUACAAUUACUACUGCUGAAGCUACAGAAGAAGGCGGGGAAACUGUAGCUUGUUACAAUGUGUGUGUCGACCUGUUAGAAGGCGAGGAGGCGGUGAACAGCCGCUGGAGCGUCCAAAGAAAACUUAGUGAAUUCCAUAUGUUGCACCGCAAACUGACUGAGUGUUUUCCAUCUUUGAAGAAACUCCAAUUACCAUCCCUCAGCAAACUUCCCUUCAAAUCCAUCGACCAAAAGUUCUUAGACAAGAGCAAAACUCAGCUCAAUUCCUUUUUACAGCGACUGCUGACAGAUGAGCGAUUGUGUCAGUCAGAAGCACUUUAUGCAUUCCUCAGUCCGUCCCCGGAACACCUAAAGGUGAUGUCCAUUCAGAAGAAGUCCUCUUUCUCUUUGGCCUCCUUCCUGGAGAAACUCCCUGGGGAUUUUUUUUCUCAUACAGAGGAGGAGGCAGACGACGACAGCGACUUGUCAGAUUAUGGUGAUGAGACAGACGGCAGGAGAGACGCUCUGGCCGAACCUUGCUUUAUGCUCAUUGGCGAGAUAUUUGAACUCCGAGGAAUGUUUAAAUGGGUCAGGAAAACUCUUAUUGCACUAGUCCAGGUGACAUUUGGACGUACUAUCAACAAACAGAUCAGGGACACGGUGAACUGGAUCUUCUCUGAACAGAUGUUGGUCUGUUACAUCAAUGUCUUCAAGGACACUUUCUGGCCCAACGGGAUUCUGGCACCACAUGUCAAUGUCCGAACUGAUGCCGAAUGCACUGAAACCAAGGAACGAGCUCAACAAAAACUACUUGAUAAUAUUCCAGAUGCAUUAGCAAAUCUAGUGGGCCAACAGAAUGCCCGUUAUGGAGUCAUCAAGGUCUUCAAUGCCCUACAGGAAGCUAGUGCCAACAAACAUCUUCUCUAUGUCUUGAUGGAAAUGCUACUUAAAGAAGUGUGUUCUGAACUCAGAGUAGAAGUUGACAACAUGUGAACAAAACCUGCUGCCAGAAUUGUGAUGAAGGGAUACCAAGAGUUGGAUAAAAACAGGGUUUGGGUUUUGUUUCAGUGACGACCUUAUUCAUUAGUUUAUUUGUUCGUCUGUCAUAAAUGACAACCUUAAAAUAUUCCCUAUUGUUGCGUGGGAGGAACAUUGUGAUUGUGCAUCUCCAGAGCACACAAUGAGCCAUUAAAAGUGUUAUUUUGUUGCCAAUGACAGAGACAACAAAGACAGUCUAA